AUGAUUCGCCUUUUCAGGUCAUCUCAGCUAUUUUAUCGGAAAAACUUAUGCUUUCCUGGCUUCAGAAGUUUUUCAGCAUUUGAUCAAGCUGAAUUUGAAAGCCUAAAAGAUCAAAUCUUAAAGAGCAGAAACAUUGAAAAAGUUUAUGGAUUAAUUGAGAAUACACAAAAUUUAUCCACUCACACCUUGGCAUUAAGACAGAUAGGGGUAUUCAUAAGCAAUGGAAAUUUCGUAAAAGAAUGGUUUAAGCAUGCUGAGUAUAUUGGCAUGAUUGAAAAUGUCAAAAAGAAUUUAGAAGACUUAGGGCCAAAUGAAAUUUGCGAUUUGAGUUAUUUUUUAAAAUAUACAGACUCCUGUGAAAUUGGGGAAAGAGAAGAAUCAAAACUAUUUGAAAGAGUAGGAUUUUUAGCUGACGAUGGAGCAUUUAAUAUAGAUGCCUUACUCCCCCCCCCCCCUCCGUGAGCGAACAAAACCAUUAGAAAAAUCGCCAUUUUUUGACCAAAAACCACCCUCCGUGAGUGAACAAAAAUUUUUUUAAUAGAAAAAAUUUUAAUGGAAAAAAAUUUUUUGAUAUAUAAGUGAUAAUUAGUAUAAUGAAAUCUAGAGCUAAUUCUGUUUAAUUUUAAACAAAUUGCGUUUUAAAACAUAAAUUUUGCAAAUUAAAUUAAUAUUUGCUUCCCAAUUUUUGCAAAUUAGGAUUUUUUUAAAUUUCGAAAAAAAUAUUUUUUAUAAAAUUUAUAUAUAAAUUUUUUUUUUUAAAAAAAAAAAUUAACCCCCCCCCCUCCGUGAGCGAACAAAAUUUUUUUGUUCGCUCACGGAGGGGGGGGGGGAGUUAGCAUCUUUGUUCCAUGAUUGGAGCUUCCUUAAAUAUAGCAGUAAAGUCUUUGAUAAAGCUGUAUUAAAUGCAAUUACAUCAGAAGGAAAUAGAAUGAAUUUUUCUCAAAUCAAGAGAUUUUUAAUUGGACUCAGCAAUGUCAAACACUAUUAUAGCAAUGAAAUUGCGGAUACUUUAAUACAAGUUUUACUGAAUAGGAGUAGUGAUGAUUAUGAGGCAGAAAUUCCUGAAUUGAUGUCCAGCCUUUAUGAAGUAUCCAAAGUGUAUCCUGAAGGAGGCAUGUGGAGAGCAAUAGACAAAUUUGAGAGCUAUUUGGCAAACCAAAAGCUGAAAGGAGAAGAGAUGGUCAAAAUUUUGGAAUUUUAUUGAAUUGCAAAAAAUAGUAAGGCACCACUUGUCCAGAAAUGCAUAGAAGGUUUAAAUGAUUUAGCAGCAAAUGAUCCAACUUUUCUUGAAGAGAAUUUCAGGUUUUUGGUAAAAGGGCUUCAGACAUUUUGUAUCAGAACCGGAGUAAAAAUGCCACAAGGAUUGGUUGAUAAAAUUAUCGACUUCAAAAUGAAAACAAUUGAUCAAGAACACAUUAAUGAUAUUUCUGAACUUUGCAAAGCAUUGGGAUAUAUAGCAAAUGAAAUCCCAAAAGAUCUCUUACUCCCCCCCCCCUUAAAUUGGAACAAAAUAUCGGUAAAAUUUCCACUUUUUUGGUAAUUAACCCCCCUUUUAAAUUGGAACAAAAUUUAAUUUUAUAAUAAAAAAUUAUAUAUAAUUUUUAUCUAAAAAGUUUUAAUAUAAAUUAAAUGUUUCUUAUUAAUAAAAUUAAAAAUUUAGUUAUAUCUUGCUCUUUUUUAAAGAAACAAAGUAUAAAGGGCAUCUUAUUUAAAUAAAUUUAUUAUCCUUGAUUGUAAAUUUUAAAAAAAAAAUUAUUUUCAAAAAAAUGUUUAUAAAAAUGAUAUUUUUUAUUUGGAUAGUUUUGAUAUAAAUUCAAUAGGAAUUCUUUAUAAAGUUUCAAAAUUUACUUAUUUCUUGCUUUAUUUUAAAGAAUAGAGUAUAUAAUAACAUCUUAUUUAAACAAAAUUAGAACUUUGAUCGAUAAAUUUUCUAAAAUUUUUUUUUUUAAUUUUUUUUUAUCAAUAAAAAAUAAAUAAUUUUUGUGUAAAUAAUUUUGAUACCAAUUAAUAGUGGCGUAUUAACUAAUAAUGAAAAUUUAGUUAUAUCUUGCUUUGUUUUAAAGGAUAAAGAGUAAAUAGCGUUUUAUUAAACAAAUUUAUUAAUCUAAUUCGAUAAGUUUUGGAAAUUUUUUUUUUUCUUCAAAUUUUUAUAUAUUUUAUAAAAAAAAAUUUUAUAUUGAUAUUUUUUUUUAAAAAAAAAUUAACCCCCCUUUAAAUUGGGACAAAAUUUUUAGUUCCAAUUUAAAGGGGGGGAGUUAGAAUUUUUCCAAAAAUCACUUGAAAAUGCUGAAACUAUUCAAUUUUUACAAUUGGUAUUAGGGCUCUCAAAAUUAGAUCCAGAGUUUAAUUUAGAGAAUUACUCCAAUUUCCGUAAUGGAAUAAAGAAAAGAAUUAUGGGGUCUUCAUUUUUUUCUAGAUUUAUUAUGGUUGAUUUAAUAGACAAACUAGAGCACCCCUCGGCCAAAGAAAUUUUACUUGAUUUGCUUGACUUAAUUAAUGAUGACACUAUCUCCAUAAUCAGAUCGUGUAAACAUUGUUUAAAUUUUAUGAGAGACUUAAGAAACGCUAAUCUAGAUGAGUCAUCAAAGAAAAAAAUUCAGCCGUCAAUAAUACAUGUCAUGAAGACUUUAGACAAUAAUUGGGAUGAUAGCAGGCCUUGGUUUGGGCUUUUUAGGUUGCUGUGAUUAGCAAAAGGGAAUGAAAACCUUUUUAGUAAAAUUAUUUCGACAAAGGAUAUUCCCAAAGGUUCUGUAGAGGUUACUUUGGAAAGGGUAAGCAAAUUAGACGUCUCUUUAAAAGCAAUCCUCUGUAUAUUAAGAAAGGGUGGUGGAAGCCCUUAUGCCUCUAGUCAAGUUCAAAGCAUGAAGUAUGUGAGUUUGAGCUCAGAAAAAUCAGAAGUUGAGCAAUUACUUACCAAGCUUAAUGAAAGAGAUAUAGGCAGAGCAAUCACUUGUGAUGAGUUUGACUUAAUUUAUUAUCGCUUUUUUGAAACUGUUUAUAUGAAAGGUUUACUUUUUAAUAUAAAAACCUAUUUACAAGAGUUUAAUGCUUAUAUGGAUGAUGAUUUUCUAAUGGAGCAUAAAGGGCUUUUCAUUGGAGGCAUGAUGGGGAGAGCAAAAGUUCUUGAAAGCCAAAUUGGCUUAAAAUUGCUAGAAAAUCAUAAAAACUCCUAUGAUUUGGCUUCAUUAAUUCGUGUAGCAUCAGCUCUUCCAAGCAUUCCUGAGGAUAUAAAUGCAAUUUUAUUGGAGAAAAUUUUUAAAAUCGAUAGGCAGAGAUCUUUUAAGUAUUUUUCUGCAUAUUUUAUGGAAUAUUUAUAUUCACCUCUAAAAGGAGGGAAAAAAGAAGAGCAAUUUAUCGGAGAACUUAAAGAAUUUAUUGAAAGCUUAAGUAAAUAUGAAUAUGAUUCAUUGGUGUAUGCUUUGAAUGUAUUUUCUUCAGACUAUAAUGGCCCACAUCCUCAGCUUGCUGAAGCAUUCACAGCAGCAUGCUUAAACAAAAUAGCGAGCAUUGCUCAGAUCUCAGAUAAUGAUAUGAAAAUCAAAGCCUUAGAUUCAUUAGCUGAUUUUAAAACUGCCAACGCAGAAUUAUUAAAUAUAAUCAUAGGAAGCUUUGGGGAUAGUGCCAAUUAUCGAGAUCUUAAAGGAAUAGUGAAAUGUUUAACUAAAAGAGGAAUAAAUACUGAAGGGAUUUUCCAAGCUUUUUCUGAAGAAAUGAUGAAGAACCCUAAAGAGCAUCUGAAAGAUUGGCCGAUGAUAGUACGCACGCUAGCUGACCUUGGGCUACACUCUAAUCCAUGGGCUUCUACUCUAGUUUCUGAACUAGUUAAAGAAUACGACAGUUCAAACUGUGAAUUUUACUCUAAAAAUUCUUAUGUCCAAUGAAUCUGGGGGCUUCUCCAUUUCAGCAUACCACAAGAAACCAUAAUAAACUCAAUAGAAAAAUACAAUGCACUUAAUGACAAAGCUGGAUUUAGUCUUUACCUUCUAAAUCUCUCCAACUUUUUCGUAGAGAGCCCAUACCCAGUGAAGAUGAAGCUUUCUAACCCACUAAAAGAGCUUAAUUCCUUUGUUGAUGCACAAGUUGAUUUUGGCAUCAAGCCUAGGGCAUUUAAAGUGCUAGACGAUAUUAUAGUAAAGAAAAUUAAACUUCUUACCAACAAAAAUGCCAGCGUAGAGAGAGUUUGGUCUCCUUAUUAUGUACCAUCAUUAAAAACAAGCAUUUGGCCUAUAAGCAAAGAGAUAAAGCUGUUUAAUAAUAAAGAUUUCAAAGGGACAUUUUUGUGGCACAAAAAAUCAUUAGAGAAGAACUGCAAGAUAUUGGCUAUUGACCAAGAUUUCCUAAUUGAUAGUCCAGAAGAGAAGGUUGAAGAUUGGAUCACUACAAACGGGAUUAAAUAA